AGCCGUUGGAGCGAGAGAGCGGAGCACUGAUGGAGUGAGGACGAAGGGAAGCGGAGAUAAAUAAAGUGGUGACGGUUAACAAUCUGAACAGAUAACGGAGGUGUUUGUAAGAGAAGCAGCCAUGUCUUCCUGUCGUCUUCUCUGCCUGCUGGCUCUCUACUUCCUUCAGAGCUCCGUGUCGGCUGAACAGCGGAGGCUCACUGCAGAUAAUCUGCUGGUGAUCACCGCGGCAACAGAGGAGACGGAUGGCUUCAACCGCUUCAUGAGGACGGCCCGAGAGUUCAACUACACUGUGAAGGUCCUGGGUCUGGGCGAGGAGUGGAAGGGGGGUGACGUGGCUCGGACAGUCGGGGGAGGUCAGAAGGUGAGAUGGUUGAAGAGGGAGCUGCUCAAACACUCUGAGAAGAAGGACCUGGUCGUCAUGUUCGUCGACAGCUACGACGUGAUCUUUGCGUCCGGUCCCGAGGAGGUCCUGUCAAAGUUUUCCCGUCUGGGUCACAGAGUGGUUUUCUCCGCCGAGGGAUUCUGCUGGCCCGACCAGAGGCUGGCCCCCAAAUACCCUGAGGUGCAUUCUGGGAAACGCUACCUCAACUCAGGAGGGUUUAUCGGCUUUGCGUCAGACCUCAGUACGAUGGUCCAGCAGUGGAAGUACAAAGACAACGAUGACGACCAGCUGUUCUACACAAAGAUCUACCUGGACAAGAUUCAGAGGACAAAAUUCAACAUCACUCUGGACCAUCGCGCCAGAAUCUUCCAGAACCUGAACGGAGCUAUAGAUGAAGUCGUCUUGAAGUUCGAGAGGGCAAAGGUCAGAGCGAGAAACGUCGCCUACGACACACUUCCUGUCAUCAUCCAUGGCAAUGGACCCACAAAGCUGCAGCUGAACUACCUGGGAAACUACGUCCCUACGGCGUGGACCUACGAGAACGGCUGUGGGAUCUGUGACAACGACCUGCUGUUCUUCAACGACGUAGACGACGAGGAGAUGCCUCUUGUGUACGUAGCCGUGUUUAUCGAACACGCCACGCCCUUCAUGGAGGAGUUCCUGGACCGCCUGACCACGCUCAACUACCCGAUGACCAAGAUCCGCCUUUUCAUCCACAACAACGUGGUGUACCACGAGCGUCACAUCCACAGGUUCUGGGAGCGCCACAAAGCUCUGUUCCCGGACGCCACGCUGGUGGGACCGGAGGAGGACCUGCAGGAGAACAAGGCCAGAGCCAUGGCUGUGGAGGCAUGUAAGAAGGAUACAGAGUGUGCUUACUACUUCAGCAUCGACUCUGAUGUGGCCCUAACGAAUCCAGACACCCUGAGGAUACUCAUCGAGGAAAACAAGUCAGUCAUUGCUCCGAUGUUGUCCAAACACGGGAAGCUGUGGAGUAACUUCUGGGGCGCUCUGAGUCCUGAAGGAUUCUACUCCAGGUCUGAGGACUACAUCGAGAUUGUCCAGGGCAAGAGGAUUGGUCUGUGGAACGUGCCGUACAUCACUCAGGCAUACCUGAUCAAGGCCAGCGUGCUGCGCUCCAAACUGUCCAAGGUGAGCCUGUACGUGGCCGAGGGGAUGGACCCCGACAUGGUGUUCUGCAGGAGCAUCAGAGACCAGGGAGUCUUCAUGUUCGUGUCAAACCGCGACGAGUUCGGCCGUCUGGUGGCGUCGACCAACUUCAACACGUCCAGGCUGCACCCGGACAUGUGGCAGAUCUUCGACAACCCCGUGGACUGGAAGGAGAAGUACAUCCACGAGAACUACUCGAGGAUCUUUGAGGAGCAGAAAGUCUUUGUGGAGCAGCCGUGUCCAGAUGUUUACUGGUUUCCAGCCUUCUCAGAGAAGAUGUGUGAUCAUCUGGUGGAGACCAUGGAGGACAAUGGAGAGUGGUCAGGAGGAAAACACAAGGACGAGCGUCUGGCCGGCGGUUAUGAAAACGUCCCCACGGUGGAUAUCCACAUGAACCAGAUCGGCUUUGAGAAGGAGUGGUUGAAGUUCUUAAAAGAGUACAUCGCCCCGGUGACGGAGAAACUCUAUCCAGGAUAUUACCCUAAGGCUCAGGCCAUCAUGAACUUCGUGGUGCGUUAUCGUCCUGACGAGCAGCCGUCUCUGAGGCCGCAUCACGACUCCUCCACCUUCACCAUCAACGUCGCCCUGAACAGCAAGGGCAAGGACUACGAGGGUGGAGGCUGCAGGUUCCUGCGAUACGACUGUCAGGUGGAGUCUCCCAGGAAGGGCUGGUCCUUCAUGCACCCGGGUCGCCUGACGCACUACCACGAGGGUCUGCCCACCACCAGCGGGACCCGCUAUAUCAUGGUGUCCUUUGUAGACCCCUAGAGCUGUGUCUGUGUCUGUGUGUGUUUUAAAGAGCCUUCCUGUUCAUGAACCAACCGGACACAUCAACCACUUCAACAGGUGUGUGUGUGUGUGUGUGUGUGUGUGUGUGUGUGUGUGUGUGUGUGUGUGUGUGUGUGUGUGUGUGUGUUGGACCUCCUCCUCACAGUUGGAGACAAACAGAACGGAGAAUUAAACAUGAUGACCUUGAAUGCAUCGUCUCAGAACACUUCCCAACGUGCUUUUUUUAUUUCGUCUUCUUUCUGAUUGGACGAUUCCAGCUCACCUGCUGUCACACCUGACUCUCACGCACCUAAGAGAAAGGAGUCCUCAACACUUCCUGUUUGAACAUUUCAGAAUAAGAGUCCUUAGAUUUUAUCUUUGUGCAGUAACUUAAGACAGAGUCUGUUAUGGAAGAAAAAAUCAUUUUGUCACCGUGCUGCCUUACCUGAAUCUAUGCAAGCAGAACUCACUGCGUGCGUGCGUGCGUGCGUGCGUGUUUCGAAACACUCCAUCAAUCUUUUUUUUUUAAAUGCUGUUGCGGUUUUAAGUUGUUGAAUGCUUCACAAAAAAGAAUCCCCCACAAUGAAAAAGCUCUCUCCCUGGUGAUACUCUGAUGCUGUGGUUACCAUGGAAACUAUACAUACAGCUGGGCAUGAUGUUUUAGAUCAGAUCACUCGGAGGACGUCACAGGUAGCUUUGAGUUUGAUAUUUUUGGAUCAGAAUGUUUAAAAAUCAGUGCGAGAACGAGAAACGACAAAGUCCAGAAAUAUGUUUGAACAAGAAAGAAGACAAAGUGAAGAAUAUCGUUUUCCUGUGCUGAGAAGUUUUGUGUAUUAAAGUAUGUAAAUGGAGUUUUUGACAUAUUUUUAAACUGUUACUGGGGAAACACUAAAGGCCUUUUUUAUAUUGUUCAUGUUUUAUUUGUUAUUGAUUAGUGUCUGAGAUUCAUUCAGUUCAUUUCUUCUUGUGUGUUUUUUAAUCGUGUAGUUGUGUAUUUUCAGGGGUGAAGCUGUCGUCUCCUCUCAGUUUUUAUCUCCUUAUUUAAAAAAAAAAAAGAAAAGAUGUGACGAUACGAGGUUUCCACCUGACGCUGCCUGUAGUUCUCUCUCCAUGCGUGCCUGUCGAUACGAGGUGUCGACUGUCUCUGGCUUUGUACAAAAUGCAUUAAAUUAUUUGUCAAUGACUGAGCGAAUAAAGUUUUGAGAUUUUAAUAAAUAAAUGUACCAUCA